GAUUCAUGCAGACCAUUCUUGUGAAGCACACCGGUGUUUUUGCUGAAAUGACAAGAGAUUCUUGUCCUCCUGGUGUUUCUUUGGAGGUGCUGUCACCACAUAAAUUUGGGUUGGCCAUGGAAGAAGUCCUGGUCUUGUGUUGUGCCACAUUCCGUUGCAGCAGUGUUCAUGUGCCUUCAGGUUGAGCUGGAUCAAGAAACUGAGCUAGGUGAAAACUGACUGAUUUACAUAAGUGCUAAAGCCUGCAUAAGGGAGGUGAUGGAAAUUUGUGUUGGGGGGACACAGGGCUUCCUGUCUUGGUGCUGUGUGCCCUGAUGUUAAUUCAAAGUGAGUAUGUAAUCCUGUCUUCCUUGUCUGGCACAUGUCCUUGUUCUGUACCAGUUCACUGAUGUGGUCUACUCAAGUGUUUGCAUGCAUUUGAUAAAAAUACUGUACAUAUAUUUUUUGUAUUUUCCAAUUUUAUUAGCUGGGAUGAAACUUCCCAGAAUUUCGCCAUUCAAAAGCCACUCAAGAUUGCAGUAAAUACAAGUUAGUUCUUUUAUAUCAAGGAAAACCACUGAAGGUGAUAGCUAGAGAACUUGGAAAUGGUGCAGUGGGUAAAUAACUUCCAGACGUUUAUAACUGGUGAAGAGUUUCUUUGUUGAGCACUGUUGGAAUUUUAUGUCGGUCUUUUGCAUUGAAUGGGGUAAGGCUGAAGGGCCCUUGAGAAGAGUAUUUGCAGUAGCAGGUUAUUGCAUGCUCAAAAGUAAUUCAAUGAGGUAGAAAUAGGGUCAUUUUAGUGAAUAUUUGAUUAACAAAUUCCUCACCCUUUUCUGAAUGUUACUUUGAGGUCUUGUCUGAGGUCUGUGAUAACUUUUAACAGGCAUGUGGAGAGUGGCAAAGUUUCUCUGUGACUGUGAUUUUCAUGAGAAAGAGCCACUACUAGAAAUUAGGGGCAGCAGGGUAGAAACAGCAAGAGAUUCUUCUGCAUGGUUCUUUAUUGCUGCUUUGGUGCAGCUAUGAAUGACCAAUGUUAUGUCAAUAGUUGCCUUUGUGUUAGGCCUCUCAUUUUAGGAUAUAGUCUAUUUAAAUACUGCUCUUGCUUAGCAUGAAAAACUUGGAAAUUAAUCCUGCUUGAGCAGGAGAUUGGACUAGAUGACCUGCAAAAGGCCCUUCAAAGAUAAAUCCGUGGUCAGGAGUGUAUUAGUGACUAAGUACUAAGCAAGUGGUGAUGUUUUGCCUGUCCAGGGUGUUUUGGAGUGUGCUCCUGCCUUUUUCAAUUGGGCAGUACUGAUGGUAGAUAUCUGGGAAUUCUACAGGUUUUCCUGUGCUUGAAGGUUAUGGGGUUACUCUUCCCAUACACUUGUGAGCACUGAAACCUGGUGACCUGGGGAGAGCCACCUUCAGACGCAAACUUGGAUCAUAUGCAUUCCCUAUGCCUAAGUGCAGCUUCCUCUGAGCCUUUUUAAGGCCCACUGUGUGAGGUAACCUGUGCUGGGAAGGAGAAAAGUGCUGGGGACACUGGGGCUGAUGGCUGUCAUUGAUUUAUUGCAUCUCUUCAAUUUUGGCACCAACUCGAAGUGUUCAUGUGGCAGCACCAAGUGUGGUGGAGUGAAUGGCUUCUGUGCCCUUCAGAGUUUAGUUGUUUAGUAUUUAGCAACUCCACGGGGGGAAGCUGAGGGCAGGAGAGAUGAAGUUCACAGCCACAGAGGGAUCAAAUUAGGACUGGGUCUGGUUGAGGAGCACCUGGAGACAGACCCAGACUAUUGGCUGUUCCUUUCUAGAAAGGAAACUGACAUGUUACAAUAGCUAAAGUUGUGAUUCACUCCUUGUGAACACAUUUGCACCCUUGAAUGCUGUUCUUCAUGCCAUAGAUGCAUUCUUUUCCCUCCACCCUGAACCCUCCUGCUAAUGGGAGACAUCCCCCCUGUUUACUCAGUUGCUAACAGGAUACUUCAUACCAAAUAAUCAAUCAUGCAAAAUUUCUUAGCUUGUGACACAUUUUAAAGUGCUGAGGAGUAAUUCUUAGCUAAGAAGGGGAUAUUGAGUCAUCUGGGAAAAUAAACAGUCCUUAGACACUUAAUGCUGUUGAUGCUUCCAGUGGUAGUUUUGUAACUUCAAACAUUCACUGCUGCCACGGGGUAGAAACAAACAGUGACUUCUCCUGGGAGCAAUGAGUGAGUUCAGAGUUCAGGCAGCACUUCAGCACAUUUUAGAUGUGCUUUAAGCACAUCUGGCUAUGCUGGUCCUGAUGCUGCAGACAGCAGGCAGAGCCUGCACCUGUGCCUGCCUUGUCAUGAGCCCAAAGACCUCUCCUGUUAGUCUUACAUAGUGUGAGGAUGAGCAGACACACCUUUUCCAGCCACCAAGGCUACCAUGCCUGCUAGGAAAUAGAGAUGGAGUGACAGUGGUAUCUGAGCUCCUCAAGAAGUGUCCCUGAAAGACAACAGAGAUGCCAACUUGCUGCUGCUUGUUUGGGUUUUGUAGAGGGAUCCAAAGGCUCAUUGUGAUGCUGGAGGAAGUAGGAGCAUUAUUACCCACCAAGUUUGAAUUUCACAUGGGGACACAGCACACCUACAUGCAGAACAGGACACAGGAAGAUGGUGGGCUUAAAGCAAGUCAGCACAGUUGAACUUGCUUAGAAAUCUGAACAGCAGCAAGGCCAGGUAUUGGACUUCGAUUGCCAGCAGCACUGUAAAUGCAACAGGGCCUUGGUGUCAUUAGGAUCACACGGCUAGGUAAGCAGAUGUGGCAUAAACACAAUCUUUUUGGAGUCUAAUUUCAGAGAGGAAACAGUGCAGGCAAGCCCUCAUUUGAUGAUCAUCUACGCCACAGAAAAGUUUUUGUUUGUUUGUUUUUGGUUUUGGAUUUUUUUGGUAAAUAAAUAUAGGCUUUGUCUCUUGCUGUUCUCUCCCAAGCCUGCCUGUAUGACAGAGUUGUUUUGCCACCUGUACUUUGCUCAGGUAGUACUGCUCAAAACUAAUGUGGUGCAUGUGUCCUGUGCUUCUCAUUGUGCUCUCAGGUUACACUUGCUCUGUAGAACAACUGCAAACCCUAAAACUUAUGCGUCUCUAAGUAAGCAAACACAUUGAAGAAAAAAGUAAUAAAAGAUAGAGUGAAGAUUUAGGCUGGACUUUACUUGAUUUUAAUAAGAGUUGUAGCAUUGUCUGUCAGAAGACUCUGGGGGUAUUUUUUUUCUCCCUAGAGAAGUUAACUCAGCUUUGUUUUCAAAGUAAAAGUUUAAAAAAUGGCUUUACAAUGUAUUACUAUAUUUUGGCCCAAAACUCAUCAGAGCUGUCAGAGAUUAGGUCAAUGGAUUUUUAGUGUUUGAUUUAGAAAGGAGAGAAGCAGAGCACGUGUUGGUUACCCUGCUAAGGUCACAGCAAGCAGUGUCACAUGGUUGUAGUCAGGUGGAAAGUCUUAGCUGUACCUGAGCUGGCCUGAAAGAGGACUGGCUCUAGGUCUGUGUUUCCUCCCUUCACUUGGAACUGCCGGCAUAACCACCUGAGUCAUCGCUCCCUAAUGAUGCUUGGGAAAGUGAUCUGGGUUCAGAUAUGCCUUUGUGCCUGCAAGCUGGUCCCCGUUAGUCUGACAGAAUGAGGUUAGGGAGCUGCCAUAGACGUGGGCAGGGAAGAGGGUGUGGCUCUCAGUCGGAGGUUACCCUUGUAACCCAGCUCUGCUGCAGUCAGGGUGGUGUGCAGUGUACAGCAGCACUGAGCGAGCACUGUAAAGAUAUAGGAACGCUUUUCUCUGGGCAGCCUGAGCAGACUGGCAAGACUGGCAGUGGUGUAACUGUGGUCUCUAAAUUGACUGCUUAACACCUUUGUGUGCUAAGAGAGAGCAUGCCCUCACCAAUGGAGCUCUGACUUGUUUCUUGUCUGACAAAUUGUUUCCUGAAUCUGUGAUGCCAGUCUGUAGGUUAUUUGGCCUUUUGCUUGGUUUUGUGGGUAACCUUGGUAGCUUUUAAAAGUAACCAUGAUGGCUUUUACUGGGCACUGCAGCCUCUGAACCAGUUCAUAUCUGAAAUUCUCAAACCUGCUUCUUGUUACGUGAUUCUCGGAGCACACAGAAGGGCCUUUACCUCUGUGUGUAGGAAACUGCAAUGCAGUGAUACUGAAUCCAGCUUUGUAGUCUGUGUCUGAAUUACAUUGUCUCCUGAAUUCAGGCAGGGGUUGUAGAUCUGCUUAUAGUGUGCUGCAGAUGCUGCUACCACUCUGUCCUGUGGAUUGCAGCGUCUAAAUAGGUGCUGAGGCUCUAGUGUGGGCCUUUCCUUUCCUAUGUAAAGGAAAGAAAGCAAACCAAAUUCUGUCCAUUUUCCAGCGUUAAUAAUUCUUUUGUAUUUUAUGCAGCGUUGGCUACCAAAUGGCUCUCUUGAAUGGACGAUUUGGUUUAUCUUUAACCCAUCUAAGCAGUGCUGUGAUCCAACGACAGUUCAGCAUCACUGGAGCAUGCCAAGCAAUACAGAAACUAACCCGUGUGCGAGUGGUGGACAACAGCACCUUGGGGAACACACCGUACCACCGGCCACCAAAAUGUAUCCACGUGUAUAACAAGACUGGGGUUGGAAAAGUCGGAGAUAAGAUCCUUCUGGCUAUCAAAGGAGAAAAGAAGAAGGCUUUAAUUGUAGGGCACAAGAUGCCCGGCCCCACCAUGACACCUAGAUUUGAUUCCAACAAUGUGGUACUGAUAGAAGAUAAUGGAAAUCCAAUAGGGACUAGAAUAAAAACACCAAUACCCUAUACACUGCGAAGAAGAGAAGGCGAGUUCUCCAAAGUAUUGGCCAUUGCCCGCAACUUUGUAUGAAUCCUAAGAGAGGCCUUCAGCAAUCCUUUGAUACAGUAGCUGUUCCUUUGUCCUUUUCCAGAAAUUGUGAAACAUUAAAAAGCUGAUGUUCAUCAAGAAUGUCUCCUCCCUUUUAAGAAUUUCAAGUAACUAAUUUAAAUAUUGAGAUAGUUUCUUUUUCUCCAGAAGAAGGUAAAUUUAUUUCACAGAGCACCUGCAGUAUGUUUGGGAAAUGGUCCUUCGCCCUUACUCCUCCUGUGGUGUUAAUCUGGUCUGUCAUCAUUAAAAUGAGAACAUGAAAAUCUU